GCCUUAAAGGGAAAGAAAACUACAGUUCAACAAAUUCACUUUUGGUUUCCAAAAGACGUGAGCAGGAAGGAAUCGGAAGGAACAGGCUUGUGGGCCUGAGGAGGGAUAGAAGGUGCUCCCCAGCCCUUCAGCCUCUGGAGAAAGGCUAGCCCUCCUUACAGGGCAAGGCGGAAGCCGGGAGAAUUUAUCCCGAGGGGCCGCCUGGGCUGAUAGAGAUGGCACUCUUUCAGACCCUGUAUGACACCCCGGCAGACAUGUUGUCUGCCUUCGUGGAGCAGAACCUUAAGCCCGAGGGGAACUGGAAGGAGGAAGUGAAGGAUGCCUGGCAGAGAAUUGAGCGUUUCUUCCGGGAACAGUGCUUCCGAGAUGAGCUGGUUCUAGACCAGGAAGUCAGGGUGCUGAAGGUGGUGAAGGGUGGCUCCUCUGGGAAGGGAACGACGUUGAACUACAGCUCCGAUGUGGACAUGGUCUUGUUCUUGAGCUGUUUCCCCAGCUUCCAAGACCAGGCAGAGCACCGCGGAUUGAUCAUCAGCUUCAUCGAGGAGAGACUGACUCAGUACAGCAGGAACCUGGCCUACAGCAUCACCAUGGUCCCGCGGAGAGAGAUGAGCAGGGUCCCCCGCUCCCUGUCCUUCCAGGUCCAGCCCAGGAGGAACAGUGAAGCCAUUGGAGUGGAUGUGCUCCCGGCCUAUGAUGCUCUGGGACAUUUUUGCCCGGACUCUAAACCCUCACCGGAAAUCUAUGAACACUUAAUAACCAGUGGUGCCACGCCUGGAGAGUUCUCGCCAAGCUUCACAGAGUUGCAGAGGCACUUCGUGAAAAGUCGACCUGUUAAGCUAAAGGACCUCCUGCGGCUGGUGAAACACUGGUAUCUGCAGUACUUGAAACCUAAAUAUCAAAACUCAGCAUUGCCCCCAAAAUAUGCUCUGGAGCUACUGACCAUCUAUGCCUGGGAAAUAGGUACAGGCAAAAGCGACAGCUUCAACCUGGGUGAAGGGUUUAGAGCUGUGAUGGAACUCCUCAUAGAUUAUGAAAACAUCUGCAUAUAUUGGACCAAGUACUAUGAUUUCCAAAAUGAGACUGUCAGAAUCUAUCUCAAACAACAGUUGAAGGAAUGCAGGCCAGUUAUCCUGGACCCAGCUGAUCCUACCAACAACCUGGGAAGUAAAAAGAGAUGGGACCUGGUGGCCAGAGAAGCUGUUCACUGCCUGAGGCAGGCCUGCUGCUGGACUGAAGACCCCAGCCAGCGCUGGCAUGUACAGCCAGCAAGGAAUGUCCAGGUGACGGUGAAAAAGGCAGGAGAGGAGGCCUGGAUAUUCUCAGUGAACCCCUACCGUCCCAUCCGGAAGAUGAAAGCCAAGAUCAAGAGGACAUGGGGCUUCAGCGGGCAACAGCGUCUCUCCUUCCAGGAGCCGGGAGGGGAGCGGCAUCUGCUCAGCAACCGGCAGACAUUAGCAUAUUAUGGGAUCUUCUCUAAGGUGAGCGUCCGGGUGCUGGAGACCUUCCCUCCUGAGAUCCAGGUCUUCGUGAAGGACUCUAGUGGUCAGAGCAAGCCUUAUGCCGUCCACCCUGAGGACUCCAUCCGUGACUUGAAAGAAAAGAUUGAGGAAGGUGGAGGACCUUACAUGGAGGAUCAGGUACUAAAGUUCCAGAAUCGGAUACUAUGGAAUCACCGCAGCCUCUCAGACCUGCAGAUCAAAGACUGUGACACUAUCAUACUCGUGAAGAGAAACUGAGUAAGGAAAGGGUUAAUGUAUAGGCAGGGAGAGAUAGGGGGUCCCUGGCUAGGCUCUGAGACUAUUCCUGGCAGGCAGAAGCACUAAGACAGAGUGAACAAGAGAUAAGGGAACAGACCAUCUGGCCUGGGAUGGUCGGCAGUAUUUUUCUUUGGCAGCUCCAGUAUCAUAGAAAAUGACCAAACCUCAAAGAAGUGAGUCAUUAAGGGUGUUAUCAAUAGUCCAUGCUCAAACCAAGACUGCACAAGAAACUCAAGGUCAUAAGUUUCCCAGUCAGUUCUCAAUAAAAAACCAGCCCACAAUGAAUCAUGGAACACUACAUCAAAAACUAAUGAUGUAAUGCAUGGUGAUUAACAUAACAAUAAAAAAUUAAAAAAUAAAAAUAAAUAUCAUCUUUAAAAAAAAAAACAAACCAGCCUACAAGCCCUCAGUGGCAACCCCAUCGAGACCCCUCUCACUCCUGAGAGCUUUUUCUGUACGCUUGCUUAAUAAAACUCUAUCACUUUACUCACCCUCCUUUGUCCACGAGAUUCAUUCUUCAACUCCGUGAAACAAGAACCUAGCUCUCCCAUUUCAAAGCCACAGGUCCCCAGGAGUGCCCAUGGUCAGGCUGCACAUGAUGUAGACUUCUAUGGCUCUGUUCCCCCACCCACCCCUUUUCCACCCAGACCGCUGUGAUUUUCGGAAGCAUAAAUAUGAAUGUACCCUUCCCUGCAUGACGUCCUCCAAUGGCUCCUAUUACCUGUAGAAUAAAGUUCAAGUUCUUUUGCUUGGCCUUCAAGGUCUUUGACAAUUGAGCCCUUGCUUACUUCUCAAUCUCUCCUCAUCACUCUCAAAACACACCAGAUGUGCCCAAACUCUUGCAGCUCCUGAGCACUGAAUGCCGGAUCGUGACACUGUGACCUACUCAACUAUCCCUUUCCCUCGUGUUUCCAUCUGUCAACCCUCAAAGCUCUAAGUCAUUAUUCUCCAAGUAUGGACCCCAGACCAGCAGAAUCAGCACAUCACCUGGGAAUGUCUUAGAAAUGAAAAUUCUCAACAACUAUCCCAGAUUUACCUGAGUCAGGUUCUCUGGUAGUGGGGCUCAGCAAUCUGUGUCUUAACAAGCUGUCCAAGUAAUUCUGGUGCGUGCUCAAGUUUGAGAACCAUGGCUAGAAGCCCCAUCCAGCCAACCGCGUCAUUUCCUGGCCCAACACCCAAUUCAAACUUCCGUGAAAGCACUUGGGCCCCUCACUGUGUUCCUUUGUUGGAUUAUCGGUCUCCCUGGUCUAAUGAGACUUGACAAGUGCCUUAUUCCUUUGUCCCCGUGGUCUAGAAUGCUACCCGCCUGGUGCACGUGUUCAGCACAUGCUUGCUGAAGAAACGAAUGAACCAAAGAAUGACUUUGAAUUCUUCCCUAUUAUCUUUGUGAGGGUCUCAGUCCAAUGCUAUUUUGGAGACCACAUGGUUUGGGAUGACCCCUGCUGUGUCUCAUUCUUUGAUUGCCCACACUCACCCAUAUACACCCCAUGCUGUAGUGGGUACACCAGGCUAUGCUCCGACCCAAAAGCUUCACUCAUCUGUCCAAACCGAAUUGGACCAAGAGCGAUCAGCUGACCUAGCGUAGACUCCCAUCUACUGGUUUUAUUUAGCCUCUCAGAUUUUGAGCCCUGAGGGGUGGAGCCAAGUACAGUACUUCCUGGUAUAGUUAAACGAGGGUGAAUGUCUAAGCAGAAAUGCGGUCGGAAGACAGCAGCCCAAGCUCCAGUCUACAUAUGAGUAAAAAUACCUCCCCCCGCACAGAGAAUGGAGCCACGCAAAGCAAGAGAGAAUCAAAAGCGCUCACACAGCCCCAGAGAGAGACACUGUAGGGUGCUGUGACAACUGCCUGCUUUUUAAAAAAAUCAAAUUCCCCUAUAUCCUUUCAUCGACCUAAAUUGAAUGAACACCUACUCAUUGAGUGAAUGUGAGUAGGUGGGGUAUUUUUUUUGCCCCAAAAGCCUUGACUAAGAUCUGCUUCUGCAACUCAAUAAUUUUUUUUUCUAUUCCUCACUAAAUUAAUAAUUCCGUGCAUCUGCAUGGCAUUGACACCAAGAGUCUCUAUCGACACAAUGUCAUUGGAUUCCUAUCCUCACAGCUGCCCGGAAACUUAGGUGGAAGAGUAGGAAUGAUGCCCUCUCUCCCUUCUUACAGAUGAGAAUACCGAGGCUUAGAGGUAUUCUACACUGCGCCCUUCCCAGUCUUUCCUUCCUGUCUCACUUAAGGACAAUUCCAUCCUUGCAGUUGUCAAGACCAAAGCCUCGGAGUGGUCCUUGAGUCCAGCCUUGGCCUCACAUCAUAUUCUAUCCGUUAGCAAGACCUGUUUAUAUUCAAAAUAGAAGCAGUGAAAUGAUGUGACGUCUAGGAUUCACGCUUAAAUAACACGGGAGAGGAGAUGUGGAUGUGAGUAUAAUUGAAAGAUUGUCUGCAGUUUUGUUGCAGGAUUGCUGGGUUCUUGUCUCACCGAGUUGAAGGAUGAAUCUCACGGACACAAAAGGUUGAAGUGAAGUGAAAGUUUAUUAAGUGAAGGUGAGAGCAGGAAUGGAAAGAAAAAGUUCUCAGGAGUGAGAGGGGUCCUGCACCGGUUGCCACUGAGGAUUUUUAGGGCUGGUCUUUUAUUGAAAACUUGACCAGGAAGCUUGUGGCCUUGAGAUUCUUGGGCCGUCUUGGGUUGGGCAAGGACUAUUGAUAACACCCUUCAUGACUUAUUUCUUUGAGAUCUGGUCAUUUUCUGUGAUUACACUGUAGCGGCCAAAGAAUCUUACUCGCUAACAUUCGGGGCCAGGUGGUCUGGUCUGUUCCCUUAUCUCUGGUUCACCCUGUCUUAGAGCUUCUGCCUGCUAGGAAUAGUCUCAGAGCCUAGUCAGGGGUUCCCUGUCUCUCCCUACCUAGACCUUAACCCUUUCCUUACUCAGUUUGAUAAUUGUGGAAGCUGUGUGAUGGUCCACAGAGGUUCCUUUUAUUAUUCCACUUUUGUUUAUGUU